AUGAGGGAUGAAUGGAAGAGGCAGAUCAGAAGAGGUGAAGAAGAUGAUCAAGCUAUCAAUGUAUCUACACAUGGUAUAAUUAGUUACUUUAGUAGUCUAGUAGUGUACAUAAUAUUAAUUCUCGGUAUGUUGGUUUUCUUGUGGACGGACCCCCUCGGGAUCAAAAUUACGCAUAUGGCCGGUCAAACACUCUCUCUUCCUUUUCACUCUCGCUCCCCCGAGUCCUCGCUGCCUCGUUCCUCAUCUUUGCUUUCCCCACGAAACGUCCGACCCAAACCCCCAUCUCCAUCCCCUGCAGCGGCCCUUCUCAUCUCUUUUUCUAGUCGAUUUUCUCCGGCCAAUCCAUCCACCAUCGAUUUCUUCAACCCUUUCGUCGUGAACAUGGGUCGGACCGUCGACCAGGAAGUUCACGCGGCGUUCGUCGAGUUCCGCGCCAAGGAAGACGAUAAGUGUCUUUCCGUCCAGUGUAUCUACUGCCAGCAGAUUCGCGCAAAGAACACCUCACGCCAGAAGCAGCACCUGCUCGAGUGUCCCGGUCUCCGCGGCCACACCAACCCCCAGGCCCAGUCCCAGUCUGCCCCCUCUGCCCCGAAUGGCAUCGCCGCUGCCAAUGGAUACCCUCCCACCCCCAAUGGUGCUGCGGCCACCGCGCCGGGGGCUGCUCCUGGGCCCGGUGCUCUCGCGACUCCCAACGGUCCCAUGAUGUCCAACGGUGUCAAUCCUCAUGCUACCCCGAUGCAGACGCCAUUGCAGAACAUGCAGAGUCGCGCCUCUCUCCCGACAUCAGGCCCGGCCGGAACCGCCUCCACCGUCUCUGCUACCCAGCAGGCAGCUCGUGCCACUCCCAAAGCGAAGCCUAAGAACUCGACUUCGAAUCUUCCUGCCCCGCCCCUCGAUGAUGUUCAUGCCGCGUUCGUGGAGUUCCGUGCCAAAGAAGAAGACAAGGUGAGCGAGGACAUGGCCCGCGUGUUGCCCGAUAGAACCCUAUGUCUGACAGGAGACCCCCACCAGUGUCUGUCCGUUCAAUGCAUCUAUUGCCAGCAGGUCCGCGCAAAGAAUACCAGCCGUCAACGUCAGCACUUGUUGGAAUGCCCCACCUACCUCAGUGUUAUGAAAGAUUCGAUCCCCGCAAACAACCUUCUUCAUACCUUCCCCGAAGGCGACGUGGCGCGUUCCCUGCAGAUCCCCGCGCCUACCCUGGAGCUGGACUUCCGCAUGAGCAUUAAGAUGAAUCCGAAGGUGUCGGUAGGUGAGAGUAUUUGGGGUCAACGUGAUUGGGUAACAUUCGUCGGUGGUCAGUGGGCUGGUCGAUGGGGUAAGGGUGUCGUUCUGCCUGGCGGACAAGACUCGCAGGUCGUGACCAAGGAAUCUUCUACACAUCUCCGAGCGAGCUACAUGCUCCAGACCGCCGACGAUCCCCCCGCAUACAUUGUCGUGAAGACCAACGGCUGGUUAACCGGAGCCAAGGACAUUCUGGACAAGGUUAACGACCCCGGUAUGGCGGAUAGCAUCAACCCCAAUACAUACAAAUAUCGCAUCAACUUGAACAUGGAAACUGGAGACGAACGUUACGCGUUUUUGAACACUCUGAUGUGGAUCGGAAGUGGCUGCCGCAGGGGCCACGAAGUCAUCUUUGAUGCAUUCCGCGUCAACUAA